AUGUCGAUCUCACACAAAAGUGCCCAACCGUACGCCCUAGCCCGAGUGAUCACCUUUUUAUCUCAACGCUGGAGGACAUGUUGGUGUCAGUCCAUAGACCUAAUCAUUGCAAGCGUCAGCAUCGUUGAUUGCGAAGAACUCACGGGAAGUAUGCGACUCGAGACGGAUCCGCAAAGGUCUGCUGGCGGUAUGAUGAUACUCCUGAUGAUGAAUCACUUGGCUCGAACGACCGAAGCCUUCGGUACUCCUUCCUUGCUUCGAUCCGAUCUACGAAGCUUUGGUAGUUUUCCGAAGCCAAAAUUUCGUUGGCGACCGAUCAAAGGUGUAGGCAUGGAUGGCGAUGGGGACGAAAAUAUCCAAGAGUUGUACCGACAAGUUGCCGCCAAUGAUCCGGAAUGGUUCGAAGCGUUCGUGGCCGACGUUUUGGGGGACGAUCAAGUUGAUCCGGAAUUGGUGCAGCUGGCACGGGACAGUCGCCAACAAUUCGCAGUCGUUCCGGAAGCGUCAAAAGCAACGACCAUUGACGCUGACGUUGUCGCGUCACGGCAUAGCAGCAGUUCCGCACCGACGAGUCAACCCGAUCCGGCAAAGGUGGAAUCGAACGGGACGGCACAGAACGGUCAACCACAAAAGUCUACGCCAGUCGCCACGGCGAUCCCAUCAUUGUCCAUUUCAGCAAAUACUGUAGAAGUCGAGACAGCCAUGAAUAGAGACGAGUCGCUGAUGGUCGAAAAUCUUACAACCAACGUCAUUGUGGACACGACAAAAACAACGACUGGAUCGGUGAAGCCAACUGACGACAACAAAGAAACUGGCCGGACUGGAAAUAACCAUGAGACAUUGAUCUCUGUUCCCAAUUCUACAAUCAGCAUUCCCAAUUCAACAAUUAACAAAGCUGUCCGCCAGCAGGAAUCCGAUACCAGCUCGCCAGAGGUCUCCAAAGCACUGGUAACGUCCGUAGCAACGACCGAAAUUGCCAUAAAGCACGAGCACAACGACACCGUCGUUUCCGAGGCGUGUUCCGUAGAGGAAGCAAAGAACAGUACAAAGUUAAACACAUUUGCAUCAAACUCGAGUGUCAACGAAAUAGCACAGGCGAUGUAUGAAAACGAAACGAUUGAGAAACAAAAGGAUGCUUCUCGAGUAUCCGCGACGCUCGACGCGGACGAUGAAUGGCCAAGCUCGAGCGUCGUGACGGGAGACGAUUCAAAACCAAUCGCGUUGCCGGUGAAAAACCCGCGACUCGAUAAUUCAACGAAAAACUCUCUGGGCAAAGAAAAAAAGGAAAGUGGCGCCCACCAAAACAACCCACUAGUAGCAACGGAAAAGAAGACCGCUAAACCGGAUGGUGGUGUCCGGAGAGGUGAUGAUGACCAGCCAGCAGACACCCCAACUCGGGCUACUACCACCAACACGGAUUUUGAGGAGGAGUCAAAUCUCAUUAUUUCCUACUUCUGUCCGACAUUGAAUGUUUGGCAAAAAGUACCGUUGUCAAAAAUGAUAGAGUUGGGUUACACGCAAAAGGAUGUCAUUUCUCUCGAAGCCGAUGCGUUAGAGUUGAUCAUCGAAGAACAAGUCCGCAAGCCUUCGGGCGGUAUUCCAGUUCGAUGGAAAGUUCCAAAGGGAAGACGCACAGAAAUUGCAAUUCAAAACGCGGAGAUGAACCUUCUUUCGGAGGAGGCAGAUAAAGCCAGCAACGAUCAACCACCCAUUUCACAUCGACCAGCGGGACAAUUGGAAGAGGACAUCAAAGGAGCGUUCAUGGCUAAUCCUCUUGGAAAAGAAAGAUAUGAAGAAUCUUCUACAAGAGAUUCUACUGGAUCUAGCAAGCCCGCAGUCGCAAAAGGGACGAAACAAGAAUCGACUGGUGAUGCAACUGGAAAAUACGAUCGCAACGUGCCUGGGGAUCAAAGGAGGACCCAAACUACAACGGAAGGCAAUAGUGGCCCAAGGCCGCGAGUGGCCGCAUCAUCUAGUCGAGAUGGUAGCUCAAUACAAGACGAAACGAAAGAUGGCAACCGUAGAAGGAGACCUCCGCCAGGAAUUAGAAGGGGCGAUGAGUUUCUAGACGAAUCUAGGGCGACCGCUCCUCAUGAGAGAGCGGAAAAUACGGAUCGACGGCAACGGCCUCGUCCACGUGAGCGUCGGAGCUCAGGGGAGAGCCGUCGUGAAAAAACAAUAUACAGUGGCCGCGGGUCUCAGCCGUCAAAGCAACGAGCGCGAGACGAUCCCCCGUCGUCCAGUUCAGGUGUCUGGCCCGAUAUGGAUACAUUUCGAAGGCUCUUGAGGAACGAGGCUGGAUUGCGACUCAAAAUUUUAGGCGACGAUUGGGCUGAUGUGGUAAAAGAAGAGAGUGAUUGGAGAUUGAAUCUCUAUAAAGACUGGCUAUGGACUGUGCAUAACGGGAUUGGGCGACCGGUUGUUGAGAGUCGAAGCGACCGCAUGCGUCGACAGCGCAAAUUUCGUGAAGAAGUGGGUCCACCGCCACGAAGAUCCUCCAAUAGUCGGUCCAAGCCAUAG